CCUGCCGCUCUCUCGCGGGCUCAUUCUCACUGUCAGAGGGCUGGCGACAGGAGCGUUGCAACCAGAUCUCUAACUGGGCUCAGAGUUUUCCAGCUAAUGGCCUCUGCUUUCUCUUUGCCUGAGUUUUUUCAGCUUCUGUUUUGCCAGAUCUGCUUUUCUUUGGUGCGGCUAGGGAGGGGGCCAGCCUGAUUUGUGAGCCACAAAGAGAAAAAGUGAGCUCUUUGGGGAUUUUUCAGUAGUGAAAACAUCUGGCAGAGCUUUAACAUGUUGCUGUGAAGUGCACUGCUGAGGGACCGGCCGGCACUGAGGAGUAGGAGGAGGAACAGCCACCCAGCAGCUCUGCUUUCAGACCUCUGCACUCUUUGCAUAUGACAAUUGCUUUUUAACUCCAGCCAGCCGGGGCAGGAUGAGCACCAGCAGCCCCUCCUGGGACCAAGCUGUCCUCCAGCCUCCUGCCUGCGAUGCCUGGAAGGAGCACAUGGAGGGAGCGGCCUACCAUCUGGCCAGCUGUAUCGUCCUCCUAGGCUACAUGGGUGGCAGCGGCAUCUUUGGGUCCCUCUACAUUUUUGGCCUCCUGGCCCCGGGCUACUUCUGCUAUGCUCUGUGGGGCUGGCUGAGCGCCUGUGGCCUUGACAUCUUAGUCUGGAAUGUGCUGCUCGUCCUCACCUGCGUGCUGCAGCUGGCUCACCUGGCUUACCGACUCCGCAGAGACACCGUCCCCGAAGAGUUUGAGCUUCUCUACAAGGCCAUGUACCUGCCCUUGCAGGUGCCCCUGGAAGUCUACAGAGAAAUUGUGAAGUGCUGUGAAGAGCAAGUGCAAUCAUUAGUCCGAGACCAGAAUUACGCAGUGGAGGGCAAGACUCCCAUCGACCGGCUCUCCUUGCUGCUGUCUGGCAGGGUCCGUGUGAGCCAGGAUGGGCAGUUCCUCCACUACAUCUUUCCAUACCAGUUCCUGGACUCUCCAGAAUGGGAGUCACUACGGCCUUCCGAGGAAGGAACGUUCCAGGUCACACUGACAGCUGAAACUGACUGCAGCUACAUCACCUGGCCAAGGCGGCGGCUGUACCUCCUCCUGAGGAAGGACCGCUACAUUGCCCGCCUCUUCUCCUCCCACUUGGGCUAUGACAUCUCAGAGAAGCUCUACUCCCUCAAUGAGAAGCUCUUCGCCAAGUUUGGUCUCCGCUUUGACAUCCGCUUGCCCAGCCUCUACCAUGUCCUGGGCCCGGCCUCCUCAGAGGGGGAGCUGGAGGAGGCCGAGGAGCUGCCGCGCUCACCACAGCCUGAACAUGGGCUGGACGGGGCCUUGGAACCCCCUCCACAGCCUCCACCACCACCACCACCUGCUUCACGCCCUCGGUCCUCCCGGGCUGAGAGCGACCUGCUGGGUGAGGACUCCACCAGUCUUGUCUUGGAAGAUUUUGCUGAGUUACCAGGGUCAUUUAUGGACUAUGUGAGCGAAGGGGAGUAUAUGAAGUGAGGGUGCUCCCUGCACGGGCAUGCGUCACCCCACGUGGCACCCCUGCCCUCUGAGAACCUCCGGAGCCACCUUCCUGCUCCCUGCAAAGGACGAGCUCCCCUGGCUCCCACGCAGACCCCCGAGCUCUAGGGAACAGCAGGCUGUUUGGAUCCCAAGCCCCACCUGGGGGGCGUGUGUACUCACACACCUUUCUGACCAGAUGGACACUCUGUAGAACGCACCAAAAUGUCUGCCUGCAUGGACACGAACACUCAGGAGCACAUUGAAGCACACGCGUGGGACUGCAGUGACCCUCCAGCACCUCCCACUCCACAAUGUUUGCUUCAACCUGCUGGCCCCAGGGUGAUUCCCUGGUUUGGUUUCUAGUCCUGCCUGUCCAGGGCAUGUCGGCAGGCCUGGUACCAUGGCACUGCAGUACGGCUGCAAGCAGCAUGAGCUGCUCACGGGAUCUGUGUUCCCUUUGAUUUAACGAUUCCAAUUAAAGACAGAGGAGAAGUUGGUGGUGUUUGAGGAUUUGCAGAGGGUGAUAAUGCUGCUUGAAGAAUGUGAGGUGGUUUGAAAGCCAUGGGGAAAAGUACAGUGAGAAAUGGGGGUGCCUGGUGGCUUUGGUAAUAGGCAUGUAUCAGAAGGCAGAAUAUGGAGAGUGGAUCUAUUACAUCACAGUAGGCAUCUGCUGUAGUAAGGGUCCUUCUAGGGACUUGGUUUCUCACUGCUGGCAAGCACUGCUUAUCAAAGACAAUACCAGUUUCUGGCAAAGGGUUUGAGUUGUUUCUUUUGGAAUAAGGAAGAGGAGAAACUGGGACUCAGGUGAGAAGGAGAGUCUGAAAUGGCAUUCCUGUACUCAGUGGGCUUGGUCUCGGGUUGUGCACACAGUGAAAGAUAUGAGUGAGAGCAAAAAGCCUCUGGGGAAAGCAGCCACUAGGAAGGAGGAGGUAGUGCAACGCCUUAGGAGGAAGUGUGGAAAUGGAAAAUACAUCUUCCACAUUCAACAGCAGCAGUAGUUGGCUGAUGGGUUUUCCCCACCAGACAGAUCUCCUCCAAGUGAUGUCUGAGGCCUUGGGAUCUCGCAUUUGCUGAGCAGAGGACGUAACUCUGCAUUGACAAUGUGUGGUGGAGUGACAGCUCAUGCCAAGUGACAUUUCUGCUUUCUCAAGGCUGAAAUGCCUUUAGUAUGUUCCUAUCUCUUGACUCUGGUGUUCCUGUUAUGCUUCUGUGUCACCCGGUGAUGCCAGUUCGGAGAACCAGAGAGGGUGAUCUGCAGAAUGUGUGGGUUUUGGGUAGCAGUGAGGGAACACUUGUGUCCUCUUUAAUUUGCAGAUACAUCAAGGUGGUGGAAAAUGGGUGGAACGGAUGAGGGCUGCUUGUGAGUGUAUGUUUUCCUCUUACUGUAGGCUUCUGCCAGUACUUUCCAGACAUCUGCUACUUUUCAAGGCCUAAAAGGCUGCACUGAGUUCCUGGGACUAAUUUAUGUUAGGUAGUCCUGUACCUGCAGUGCUCUGUUCUAUUAUCUUUUGUUCUGGGUGGUUGUUUUAAAGCAGUGCAAAAUUGUAUGGAAGAACGCUGCUAUGUUUCUGGUGACCAUGUGAGCUUCAAAGAGAACAAACCAACAGCCAGAAGAGCUGUCAUGGGGUGAGAAUCCACUUUGAUUACAUAGCAUGAGCACUUACACGAAAUCAAGACUCUCAGGCUGAAGGUGUCCUGUAGUGGUAGAAGUGAGUUCUGAACUGGGGAAAGCUGCCAAAGCAAUAGGGAUGUGAUAUAGUGGUGGAUUUGGUAGCGUUAGAUGAUGGUUGAACUUGAUGAUUUUAUAAAUCCUUUCUGAUCUAAAUGAUUCUAUGAUUCUGUAAUGCUUUCUUAUGCCAAGACAGAACCAAAACUGAACUCCUCAUUCUGAAGAUAAAUAAUACUUUGCACCUUUAGUACAAAGAUCUCAGGACACUUUAAUAAACCACAAAUGAAUCAUCCUAAUA